UCCUCCCUCCUCCUUGAACUCCUCAUCCAUACCCAUUCACUCCUUUUAUCUCUUUUCUAUUACAACUCUCUCUCAUUGUGUUUGCAUCGAAAGAAAAUAAUGGCAAUGGUAGGUUUGAGCCUGGCCUGCAUUCUGUCUCUUACGUGCUUAAUGUGGAUGGUUGAAGCGAGAAUCCCUGGAGUUUACACCGGUGGUGCAUGGCAAAGUGCCCAUGCUACCUUUUACGGCGGUUCUGAUGCUUCAGGCACCAUGGGAGGAGCGUGUGGGUAUGGUAAUUUAUACAGCCAAGGCUACGGCGUGAACACGGCGGCACUAAGCACAGCACUUUUUAACAAUGGGUUCAGUUGUGGUGCAUGCUUCGAAAUCAAGUGUGCAAGUGACCCAAAAUGGUGUCACUCUGGCAGUCCUUCCAUUUUCAUUACCGCUACAAACUUUUGCCCACCAAACUACGCCCUACCAAGCGACAAUGGCGGGUGGUGCAACCCUCCUCGCCCACAUUUUGACCUUGCCAUGCCCAUGUUUCUCAAAAUUGCUGAGUACCGAGCUGGUAUUGUCCCAGUUUCAUACCGCCGCGUGCCGUGCCGGAAGAGGGGAGGCAUUAGGUUCACGAUCAACGGUUUCCGUUACUUCAACUUGGUUCUGAUCAGCAACGUGGCGGGUUCAGGAGACAUCGUGAAGGUGAGCGUUAAAGGAACGAGGACGGGGUGGAUGAGCAUGAGCCGUAACUGGGGUCAAAACUGGCAGUCAAACACCGUUUUGGUGGGUCAAGCGCUUUCCUUCAGAGUUAGGGCGAGUGACAGACGCAGCUCUACUUCAUGGAACAUCGUGCCGGCCAACUGGCAAUUCGGUCAAACAUUCGUCGGAAAGAAUUUCAGAGUUUAAUUAACAAUAUUUAAAACCAAAAAAAAAAAAAAUUAAUUAAUCUUUCCCCCACCAUAUUCUUUCUUUCCAAAUAUGCCCUUAAUACUGCCAAUUUUUUCAGAUAAUUAUGCUUGUUUUUUCCUUGAUAUAUUUUGACUUAUGGGUGUGGAAAAAAUGUGAAAGGUAGGAGGGAAAUUGGAAGGGAAUUUGGUAGGGCAAAGAGUGAACUUUGUUGAAACUCCCUUUUUUUUUUUUUUUAAAUCUUUGAAUUUUGAUUUAUGACUUUAUUGAUUGGAGGGUCGACGACCCAAUGGGUUUGUUGUAUGAUUGAGUGGUGAAAUGAAGUUAAGAGAGAGGGAAAGGGGUGGGUAGCAUAGGGGAGGCUGAAGUGACUGUACUAGAGAUGUGGCCCGCAGCCUAAUAUAUAUAUUACUAGUGUUAUAAGAAUUUAAGUGUAUUAUGAUAUUUAUGUUGUUAUAUGCAUAUAUAUAUAUAUAUAUAUGUGAAGUUUAUUAAUGUGGUAACUUGUAGAUGUAAUCCAAUGAAAUAUAUUUGGUUUGUCUUA